UAAAAUCAAUCCUGUCAAUGCUUGGUUGUGUGUUUCGAGUUAAUUCGUCGGGUUAGGUCAGAAGGGGGCCGAUAUAUAAAGCGGUCAAACUUUUAGGGGUACCAUUCCAUCCUGACAUUUAAUUGAUACGGACUUUCUGCCUCGGUACUGAUUAUUUAUUUCUGUUCCUGCGAUCUUUCUUCCUCGAGGGAAGUGUGUUUUAAUACUCGCCUUCAACAUGAAAACUGUACUAGCUAUCGUCUGUUUCUUCGCUUCCCUUGCCCUCCUGGAAGCUCAGUCGUUCGGCGGCUCGUCGGGCGAGCAGUCAUCCGUCGGUAUAAUGGGCGGCAACGGCCUCGGUGGCGGAGGACAGAUGAACGGUAACAACUACGACAACGACAACGAGUUGGAGACAAAUGAACUGGACAACGAGUUUGAAAGUAACGCCGGCAUGCCCAACCUCUUCGGAAACGGAGCCAGCAACCUUUCCGACAGGACGUCCGGUGGUCAAAAGGCCGGCAUCGUCAUCGGAACCAUAAUCAUUGUCGCGUUAGUAGCAGGCGGUGCAUUCUACUUCAUCAAAAGGCGCUGAUAAUGGCGUCGAUGAUGACGAAUCGAACUCGUGUCCUCUUAGUAUCCCGAAAGCGGAGAUGCUCCUGAUUUUAUUUUUACUAACAAAUACGGCUCCAUCUCGUCUCCAUGGAAACAAUUAGCUGGACUAGUUGACGAUGAGUUAGACCCAUUGAUGUCUUUACUACAACCAGAGUUUGAUAAUCGCAGCCUAUAGUUUGAUAAUGCCGAGAGUUUGAAACUAUUCUUAAACUUCCACUCAGAAAAAUAUCAAGCAACGAUUUUUCUGUUAUCUGACCGUAUAGUGCGCAUCGUGUGGUAGACUGCAAAGGGCCCACUACAAUAAGAGCAUAGACAUGAUAAACGUGCCAAAAUGGAAGGAUUUGUUUCAAAAUUUGAAAUCAAAAUUCGAUACACAAUAUCUCUAAACACCUGCUAAAUGUCAUGACAAAUCUGGAUAGGUACUAGCUUCGUUUUUCAUGAAUCGCUAAAUUUUUGUACUGGUCGUGUUUGAAUAUUUGAGCGCCAUUUAAUGAUACCCAUUUCUAAUAAGAAACGUGUGCUGCAGUAUCGUUUCCAUUAAACUAGUGCAAUAAUA